AUGGCAGCACUUCGACCCCCCUACACCCUCGAGACCGCACGCAAGAAGGUCAAGUUCGCCCAGAACAUGUGGAACACCUGCAAUCCGGAACAGGUGUCCAAGGGGUACACGGUCGACUGCGUCUGGCGCAACCGUGGCUUCUUCUUCCAAGGCACGGAGAAGAUCAUCGAGUUUCUAACCAAAAAGUGGGAAAAGGAAAAGAACUAUCGCCUGCGCAAGGAACUGUUCGCCUUCACCGACGACAAGAUCGCCGUGCAGUUCUGGUAUGAGUACCAGGACAGCCACGACGGCAUGAAGUGGAAGAGAUGCUAUGGCCUCGAAGACUGGACCUUUGAUCGGGAAUCUGGCAAGAUGAGGAAGAGGCAGAUGAGCGCCAACGACAUCGUGCUCGGCAGAAAUGGUGAUGGCGUCGCGGUGCCGGAGGAAGGCAUCGAGGGACGCUGGUAUGUCGAUGGCGUGGAUGUCGACGAUCAGACUGUCACGGAAAAGCUCACCGACACACAUUACUGA